ACUCCGACCCGGAAACAGAAAGCAGACCGGAGCGGAAACACAUGUGACAUGGAUGAGUUGGAAAAUGCUGUGAGGCAGUUGAAGCUAUCCAACGACAAUGGACUCCAGGGUCAAGCAGAGUCCGUGGACAUGUCUGUCUGUGUCAGUUGUAUGCUUAAGGCUCUGGCUGAAAAUGGAAGUGAAGCCGGUCAAGUGAUCCUUUCCCAUGAAGUUCUGCCCAAGUUGUGUCCACUGCUAGGUCCUGACUGCAAAGAUGCUGCCAAUGUGGCCAAACUGGUCGCUGAAUUAGCCAAAAAUGAAUUUUUAAGACUGCCUUGUGUUGAAGCUGGUCUUGUCCAACCAUUGGUGGAACUGCUGUCAUGUGAUGAGAGUGCAGCAGUGAAACAGAGUUGCAGGGCACUAGGCAACAUCUGCUUUGAUAAUGAUCCAGCAAGGGAUGCGGUAAAGUCCCUGGGUGGUUUGGAGAAGCUGUUUGCCAUACUGCAGAGUCUUACGUCUUCCCAGUCCCAGCCUGACCAUAGCGGCAUGUGCACCGUGGGCUGUGGCUUCUUAUUAAACCUCACCAAUACACAUGAGAGCUUACAGUCAAUGGCAUUAUCCCUUGGUGCAGUCAAGGUGCUAGAGGAGAUUCUUCAACAAAACUUUGAGGACCUUUCUGUGUGUCAGAUGGUUCUACUGUGUGUGGGCAGCCUUGCUGAGUCAGAUGCGGGAAAAGAAACCCUUUAUGAGCCCAACUUUGCCGGUGAUCUGGUGACGAUGAUGGACACUGAGGUUGGGUCAGACCUGAUGGAAACUAUACUGGAGCUGUUAGCAACAUUGGCUGAACAUGAUGGAAUCAAGCUGCAAAUUGUUCAAGCCGGUGUGACUGCUACCCUUCUGAGGCUAAGUGCUGAAUCUGAGGAUGCAAAUGAGGGUGAUGACUCUAGCUUAUCCAAAGCUGCAGCUGACCUUAUUGUCCAGUUGCUGACUGGAGAUGAGAGCAUGAAGCUGCUGUAUGACUCUGGAGAAGGACAGGUGCUGAAGGAAGUCAUGUCACUGUGGCUGCCAUCAGACAGGGAUCAUCUACAGGUGGCAGGUGUGCUGGCUGUGGGCAACUUUGCCAGAAAUGAAGAAAAUUGUGUACAGCUGGUUGCCAUGGGGAUAGUGGAGCCCCUCCUCACUCUCCUCCACAAGCAUGAUGGGAAGGUGGCGGCCAUGAACAUGCAGCACGGUGUACUGAGUGCCCUGAGGAACCUCGCCAUUCCAGUUGCUAACAAAGAGGUUCUGCUGAAGGCUGGUGUGCUGGAUGCUCUGUUGAGCUGCCUGGAUGUGGACAUUUCUCCUGUGCAGUUUAAAUUACUCGGCACUUUGAGGAUGCUGGUAGAUGGACAAGAGUCGACAGCUGUGCAGGUAGGUAAGGAUGCAGCAGUGGUGGGGAGACUGGUGGAGCUGGGACGAGUGGUGGAGCAUGCAGGGGUGAUGGGGGAGGCUCGCAGGCUGCUGGCAGCCAUCGUCAAACAUUCCAGGUCCAAGGAGGUGGUGUCUUGUGUUGUCAAUCAAGGGGGUGUGGCCCAUCUGGUCACCAUGGCAACUUCAGAAUACCCGGUGAUGCAGAAUGAGGCUCUGAUUGCUCUGACUAUAGCUGCAACUGUCAGUCCAGAAUCUGCAGUAGGAAGUCUGGAGUCUGCAGAAGUAGCGAAUGCCAUCCACAGACUGCUGGGGGACCAGAACUGUGAUCCACAUGUUCAGUGUAACGUCAUGGCACUGGUCAGUUCUCUCCUCCACUCAGAUCCUUUGUAUGCAGAGUUUGCGAGCAAAGGCGUGUUGGACCAGGUUCAACAACUCUGCAGUCACGACAAUGAACUCCUCUCACAGAAUGCAAGGAUGGUGCAAGAAAAAAUACAACUUCGUGGAACAUGAAUUGAUACCAAGUUUUGUACCAACAUAUCUUAAAAUGUGUAGAAAGUGCUGACACAAUUAUGUUAGCCUUUCCAGGUAAGAAUCGGUAUUCAAAUGGCAAAGAUAUGAAUUCAAAUGGAUGCAACACACCUCCUAAUAUAAGGGGUCAAUCAGGAAUUGUCAAAUUUCAUCAAUAUAAGUGGAGACUUGUAAGCACUGGAAAAUCUAUGAUACUACUAUAUGCCAUAAGCAUAGUAUUACGAGUCUCUUGAUGUUGCAAGCAUCCAGAGAACCAUCUGUGUGUCAUAGUAAGAGUACUAAAUUAAAUGUUAUAACUGAUUAAUGUAUGUUACUGAACAAAGUUGAUAGAUCAGCUCUGGCAAAGUUCGAAUGAUUGAAAAUUAAACAGAUGAAG